AUGUUUUUGUCACAAACUCGAGGGCGGUUGGCCUCGGCUCUGAAGGCCUUUCAGAGCGCUCAAUUUGCCUCUCGCUCGCUCUCAACUACACUCCCUCGCCGAAGCGACGAUGAAGGCCUCAACAAGGUCUCCCGAACCAUCACACAGCCCAUCUCCCAAGGAGCUUCGCAAGCCAUGUUGUACGCUACGGGACUGUCAGAAGCUGACAUGAACAAAGCCCAAGUCGGAAUUUCCUCGGUGUGGCUGACCGGCAACCCAUGCAAUAUGCAUCUCCUCGAACUCAACAACCUCGUUAAGAAGGGUGUGGAGAAAGCCGGGUUGAUCGGAUACCAGUUCAACACAGUCGGUGUCAGUGAUGGAAUUAGUAUGGGUACCAAAGGAAUGCGCUUCUCUCUCCAGAGCCGAGAUCUUAUUGCCGAUUCGAUUGAGACUGUCAUGGGUGGCCAAUGGUACGAUGCUAACAUUAGCAUCCCCGGUUGCGACAAGAAUAUGCCCGGUGUUAUUAUGGCUAUGGGCCGAGUGAACAGGCCUAGUUUGAUGGUUUACGGAGGUUCUAUCAAGGCUGGUUGCGCCGCGACGCAGAACAAUGCCGAUAUUGAUAUUGUGUCUGCUUUCCAGGCCUACGGUCAGUUUUUGUCGGGCGAAUUCACUGAGAAGGAGCGCUUCGAUGUCAUUCGCCACGCUUGCCCCGGUCAGGGUGCUUGCGGUGGUAUGUACACCGCCAACACUUUGGCUAGUGCUAUUGAGAUCAUGGGUAUGACUUUGCCCGGAUCUUCAUCCAACCCAGCCGACUCCAAGGUCAAGGAGCUUGAGUGUUUGGCUGCUGGCGAGGCCAUCAAGACCCUCUUGAAGGAGGAUAUCCGUCCUUCGGAUAUUUUGACACGCCAGGCAUUCGAGAACGCCAUGAUUCUUGUCAACAUCACUGGUGGAUCCACCAACGCAGUUCUUCACUUGAUCGCCAUCGCGGACUCCGUCGGCAUCAAAUUGACCAUCGACGACUUCCAAGCCGUCUCUGACCGCACCCCCUACCUUGCCGAUCUUAAGCCAUCCGGCAAGUACGUUUUCAACGACUUGUACCAGGUCGGAGGAACCCCCUCUUUGAUCAAAUUCUUGAUCAAGGAAGGUUUGAUUGAUGGCACUGGAAUUACUGUUACCGGAAAGACGCUCGCCGAGAACGUCAAGGAUGUCCCUGAUUUCCCCGAGGACCAGAAGAUCAUCCGUCCCUUGUCGAACCCUAUCAAGCCUACCGGCCAUAUUCAGAUUCUACGAGGCAGCCUUGCGCCAGAGGGCUGUGUUGGUAAGAUUACUGGAAAGGAGGGAACCAUUUUCAAGGGCAAGGCUCGUGUCUUUGACGAUGAGGAUUCUUUCGUUACUGCGCUCGAGCGCAAGGAGAUUAAGCAGGAGGACAAGACUGUUGUUGUCAUUCGCUACUGUGGCCCUAAGGGUGGUCCAGGAAUGCCUGAAAUGUUGAAACCUUCCUCCGCCCUCAUGGGUGCCGGACUCGGUAAAUCCUGCGCUCUCAUCACAGACGGCCGCUUCUCCGGCGGUUCUCACGGAUUCUUGAUCGGUCACAUUGUCCCCGAGGCCGCCGUCGGCGGACCCAUCGGACUAGUUAAGGAUGGCGACGACAUCACCAUUGACGCCGAGAGCCGUGUUCUAGAUUUGCAUGUCGAGGAGAGCGAGCUGGCCUCGCGUCGCCAGCAAUGGGAAGCGGACCGCGCAGCUGGAAAGUUGCCUGCUACUGGUUUGACUAUGCGGGGAACUCUAGGAAAAUAUGCCAAACUUGUCAGUGAUGCCAGCCACGGCUGUGUUACGGAUGCUUUGUAA